AUGUAUUUGAAUUUGCUUAUAAUAAUAUUCCUUGCUGUCGUCACCAGUUACAUUACUGCUGUUGACAAAAAAGAGUCAUUUCUUUACGAUUAUGAUUCACCAAAUUUCAUACCAUUACGAGUAAGACAAAAGAGGGGAAUUGAUGAUGACAAUGAUGACAUGAAAGAAGCAUUUAAUAUGCCGAAAGAUGUAGAAGUGCAAGAAGAUUCAAUCGACCAUCAAUAUUACGUUAUGGAAAUUAAAGCGAACAGAUCAGAUCUUAUGCGAAAUUACUACAUCGAUGUGCUGGAGAUGUUAAAAAGGCCCGGAACUGUUGGUAACAAAAGUCAUCCCUCGUUAUCAAAUAGCUACAGAAGAGCUGUGGCUGCUAAAAUACAGUUCGAUUUUCCUUUUUAUGGUCAUCGAAUGAAAAAUUUAACAAUUGCCACUGGUGGCUUUGCAUACAUUGGAGAUCAGUCACAUAGUUGGCUUGCAGCUACACAAUAUAUUGCACCUUUGAUGGCGAAUUUUGACACGCAUGGUGAGAAUGCCACCAUUAUGUAUGCUGAUGAUGGUGAAAAAUUUGUUAUUGAAUGGCGUAAUUUACAACUUCGCGAACAACGUUCAGAUGGUUUUUUCACUUUCCAAGGAUCAUUACAUAAAAAUGGAGAUAUUUGGUUUGUUUACAAAGAUAUACCAAUAUCUGUAACAAACAUUAGCGAUUCACACCAUCCAGUGAAAAUAGGAAUGAGUGACGCCUAUCUUUUUCAUCACAAUAUGCAUAAUCCUCUUGGACCAAUUUCACAGCCUCCAUCAGUAAAACGAGUUAUUUAUGAAUAUCAUCGAAUUGAAGUAAAACCAUCGUUGAUUGUAUCGAAUACCGUGGUCCUCCUGAAAGCGCAACCAACAUGUAUUCAGUAUCAAACUUGUGAAGAUUGCUCAAAUGCAACUCUUAAACAUUUCAACUGUUCUUGGUGCCAUUCUAAAGCAAAACAUGGUGGGCCGUUCUGUUCGGAUCAGGCGGGACUGCAUAGGCGCCGACAACACUGGAUUGAAGGGAAUUGCAAAGAUAACGGUAAAGUAACAUACUGCAGUGUUGAUGAAGAUUUCACUGAAGUGGGUGAUGAAGAUGAUAUUCGAGAUGCAACCGGGAAGUCACGAAUUACAGCAUCGCCAUCAGAGCCAGAUGAAGUAGUUGCCUGGGAUCGUCAAAAAAAAACUAAGGCUCCGUUAGCAGCUAAAAGUAGCGAGGAUCAAUAUGGACGUUCUAAUAGUGGCUUUGUAUCAUUAUUUGUUAUCUUAGUGUGUGGUAUACUAUUUGCAAGCUGGGUUUCAUACGCUUACUUCAAUCCACAUACGCCUUCUGGUCAAUUAUUGAUAAGGUAUCGUCCAUCUAGGUGGCAUAUGCCAUCAAGUCAUGUCCGAUAUAGCGCUUCGGUCCAUAUGUAA